AAAGUUCCUAGCAAUCUUGUCGGGCUUCCUUCUUCCACUUCUCUUCACGCUCACAUCCCUCACUACCGUGAAAGUUCCCAGCAACCUUGUCGGGCUUCCUCCUUCCACUUUUAACGCUCACAUCCCUCACUACCGUGGCCUCGCACACACACUUCUUAUCUUUCGCGGCUUGCUAUUGUCUAUCGCCCUCGUCCUGCUUGUUGCUGCCCUUAGCCUCCUGCUGCUUCUCUCAUUCGCCCUCGCUCUUCUUGCUGCUGCUGCUAGCCUU